UCAAAUGUAACAAUCAUGUGAUGUUUAUUUGCAGAUAAAAUACAAAUUAAAGUAUUCAUGGGCUUAUGUAGAACGAACAAGAAUAUCUACGGAAAUAGACGCCGCAUGCCGGACCGUAGGGUAUCACAAAAGUGAGGAACUAGCCGAUACCAGAUCGCCAAUUAUGCUGCUGCUUAAUGAAACUUCCGAAACAACAGCUUUUAGUGGAAAAAUAACAGAAAAGAUGUCAAACGACACUUCCGCAACACCAGCUACUAGUGAAAACACAACAGCAGCGAUGUUAACCCAUACUACUGAAACAUCAGCUAUUAGUACAACGAGAACUAAAAUGAUGUCAAACGACACUUCCGGAACAUCAGUUAUUAGUGGAAAGUCAACAGAAAAGAUGUCAAACGACACUUCCGUAACACCAGCUACCAGUGAAAAUACAACAGCGGCAAUGUUAAACGACACUUCUGAAACACCGGCUUUUAGUACAGAGACAACUAAAAAAGUAUCCAACGUCACUUCCGCAAGACUGGCUAUUAGUGGAGAGCCAACAGAAAAGAUGUCAAACGACACUUCCGUAACACCAGCUACCAGUGAAAAUACAACAGCGGCAAUGUUAAACGACACUUCUGAAACACCGGCUUUUAGUACAGAGACAACUAAAAAAGUAUCCAACGUCACUUCCGCAAGACUGGCUAUUAGUGGAGAGCCAACAGAAAAGAUGUCAAACGACACUUCCGUAACACCAGCUACCAGUGAAAAUACAACAGCGGCAAUGUUAAACGACACUUCUGAAACACCGGCUUUUAGUACAGAGACAACUAAAAAAGUAUCCAACGUCACUUCCGCAAGACUGGCUAUUAGUGGAGAGCCAACAGAAAAGAUGUCAAACGACACUUCCGUAACACCAGCUACCAGUGAAAAUACAACAGCGGCAAUGUUAAACGACACUUCUGAAACACCGGCUUUUAGUACAGAGACAACUAAAAAAGUAUCCAACGUCACUUCCGCAAGACUGGCUAUUAGUGGAGAGCCAACAGAAAAGAUGUCAAACGACACUUCCGUAACACCAGCUACCAGUGAAAAUACAACAGCGGCAAUGUUAAACGACACUUCUGAAACACCGGCUAUUAGUACAACGAUAACUGAAAAGAUGGCAAACGAAACUUCCAUAACAACUACUAGAAAGCCAACUAAAGAGAAGGCAUCAACAGAGAGUUUGGGCACGUCAGACAAAUUGGAACCUGAAGAACAUUCUGAAGCGGGUUCAUCUAAUACUGGAAUGAUUUUAAUAAUUCUCUUCUCGUCCCUUGGAGCCGGUAUUGUGUUGGCAAUGUUGACCAAAUUGUUUUACACGAAAUACAAGGCAAAAUCAUACGCUGUCGACAACAGGCGCAACAUCGAGAUGCAAAAUAAUGGAGCGUAACACUAAUUUGUUGAUUUGAUGUAUAUUGUAAUAAUAUAAAACAGUUUUUUUUGUUUAUGUUCAUCUAUAUGUGCCCAAAAACUUUCAUUUUUUUUAAGUUUCCAAGGCUAAUGAUAAAUGAGGAUAUAAAUUAUAAUAGGUUAAUGACUAUAAAAAAAAGUUUACGUUAAGUUUUGGUUGCCACGUUUGUAAUUAUUUUCGUAAGAAGGGUACCUUGCCCAAUAAAACUACCAUCAUCUUUCCGUUGUUCAUGACCCAUUUUCAUUCAGAAAUAAUAUAACAACAGACUAUGUCACUAGUCUUAGCAAAUCAAAAUAUUAACUAGUAAUUUUCACUAAUAAACAGCAAAAAAAAUCCACGCGAUGGAUUUUACAAAAUAUCGAGCAGCAGAAACGCUCACGGGUCGAGCUCUGUCGAUACAAUGGUCCCGAUGAGUUCUUAUCGCAUAUCUUUCGUUUGUUAGCCUGACAAGGGUCCGCUUAUACAAACACACCGGACUAUCAGAUGAGCGCUCUGGGCGCUCGCAACCCUUUAAAUUAUCUGACCAUGCUGAGGGCAACCUAUUAACGGGUUACGAACCUACGACUGGAUAAUCAAUGGGAGUGGGUGGAGCCAUUAGUGAUUAAGGGAAGAUAUUGGGACUAUCGACCAAUUACUGUAAUCUGGGCUGGAAACUAUUAGAAGAAUCAGGAAGACGAGGGGCGCGGUGAAAUCCUUGACGGUGAGGACGGAACUGCGGUCUUGUGCAGUAUAACAAUAUCAAGAACUCGUUCUUACAACGAAUAGCCUUAGAGAUAUCGUCUUUAAGGUCGGUUAAAGCUUAAUGUGGCCAUCUUCAUUUAGCGCGGUCGAAUAGAAGGUCCCAAUCAAGCAAUCCGAGAACUUUGAUAAGUUAUAUGUCUAGAUCGAGUGGCGCGCUUCAAUGACACUAAAACAAAUAGGCCAACUCUUAUAAGCUAGUGUGCGUGACUGCUGCGUCUUAAGCAAUCCCUGCGUAAGUGUGUGUGCAUAAUGAUAUAGGUUGUUGCUUUGUUCCCUCUAAAAUGCGAAGAAAAUUGUGUUCAUUGAAUUAAAUAAAUAAUUGACUUGAAACAAA